AUGGCCGCAAAGGAUAAAGUAGAUAUGUCUUUGGACGAAAUAGUCAAGCUUAACAGAAUUCAAAACAGAAGAGGAAGAGGUGGACGUGGAAGAGGAGGUAGAGGAGGCGGUGGAGCUCCUGGAAGAAGUCGUAGAGGUGGGAUAACCAAGAAUAGACCGACGCCAUAUACAAGAGUAAGUGCUUUGAAUUUUUUUUCCUUUAGGAUUAGUGUAAGAAACUCUCUUUACAUCUUCCUCUCUCUGUUGUAUUCGAAAUAUAGAUCUCAAGUUUUUGGUUUGAGAGUCUUAUCGCUUUCAAAGAUAUGUUCGUUCGUGCGCUCUCGUUCUUUCGAUCUUCAUCGCUAGGGAAAAGUUUAAGAAAUUUUCAAGCUAUCUUUGCGCUGUUCAGGUUCUAUUUCAUAGCACUCACUCUAUUUCUUUUAAUAUAUUUCAGCCUAAACAGUUACCAGAUAAAUGGCAGCAUGAUUUGUUCGAUGGCGACACCGGUUUUCGGGGGGGAAGAAAUCGCGGCGGUGGAAUCUCUACGGGCUGUAAACUUUCCAUUUCAAACCUGGAUUUUGGCGUCUCGGAUUCAGACAUUCAGGUAAACUUACGAUCCUUUGAUCUGGUAUGCUUUCUUAAGAUUUCCUUAGAUUAUUCGCGUUGCUGUGCCUAAAUUGUGAAGAGUCAAAGUCAGAUUUUUCGAAUCCAGCAGUGAAUGUCAUCUACAAGUUAGCCGGUAUUAUUUGAAUCUUUGUUGAAGUAUUAAUUUUGAGUGAUCAAUAAGAUAUUGAAACUUGCAUAGUCUUUAUAUAUUGCUAUGAAAAUGGAAGAGUUUGCUUGGCCGAUUUGUGAAUAAUUAUAGGGAAGAAACCUCAGAAAGAAGGAAAGUUCAGGCGACAUCUUCUAACAUCUUCUACCAUCAUUUUGCUUUGAUUGUUGAAGUAUUGUGAACAGAAAGAGAAAGGAAAAAUAAAAAAAAACAGAAAGGAGGAAUCUUUUAUGCAUAUGUUAUUUUCAAUGAAACAAUUAAGGAUUAACCCAGAAUCAAGACCACAAGGCUAUGCUCUAAGGAAAAUUGAAGGAAGCCCAGUGCUCUGAAACUGUAAAAUCUAGGGUGCCCAGCAUAUGAUUUAUAUGAAAAAUCUGAGAUUUUCUAGUCGCCCGAGGGCAAAAGUUAGGCGCCAGGGGCCACUGGGCUCUGCUAGAGCACAGCCCUGAGACCAGCAAAUUGUUGAACACCAAACUGUGGUUUUCCAAGGGUGCCUUUGAUAAACCUUAUAAUUUCUGGAUUGUUCCUGUUAAAUAGUACAAAGGAAAGUAGAGCCUUCAGUUGCUUUCUUAGGCUUUUCUUGAACUGUUUUUUCUACAGUUUAACUGACACAACAAAGUUUCGAAGUGAUUUGACUUUCAGAUGGAGAGAAUUCGUAACAGACUGUCUGCAAUUAAAAAAAUGAUCCAUUAAGCAACCUCAAGUCUUUAGUUGACGGCAUUUGUUUAUUCUAUGGUCAGCCUAGGGUUUCUGAUCCCAAUGUCAUUAAAAAAAUAAUCUUCUGUUUUAAUGCUCAGGAAUUGUUCAGUGAGUUUGGGCCGCUGAAGAAAGCCACUGUCCACUAUGAUGUUUCAGGCCGAUCCCUUGGCACGGCAGAAGUCAUUUUUCAGCAGAGAGAUCACGCACAGCGUGCCAUGAAACAGUAUAAUGGAGUGCCUCUUGAUGGUAAAAUAUGUUAAUUUUUUUAUUGAUUGAGUCCGGUCAGCACCAUCUGGCUGGCAAGACGUCAUCCAGCAGCAAUCAUCGGGCCAUUCAUUGGGCUUGGUUACUGUUGGGGCUCAAUCUAAAGUGUACUACAAAGGCUGCAGCCCCACCACAGAUGUUCCUUGGCAUGCUUCAUUUUCACCCCAGCUCAGCCAGGUGUCAAAAACACAGCUUUGGGUUCAAACUGGAGUCAUCUUGUCUCCACCCGUUGCAGAGUUGUUUCCACCUUUUCUGGUAAUACUGACCAUGAUGUCUUUCUAGCUGGUUUGUUUGCUGAUUACACAUGGCUUACACAAUCUUUAAGAAACUAAAUUCCACCAGGUGUGGUGUAAAUUUUACCAUUUUGUUGUAAGAGUCCCUAAUGCUUCAUUUGGCCUCUGUUUAAAAAUCUUUAAAAUUUUCACACCUUCGAUACAUAGACUGUGUGAGCCAUGUAAAAUGUAGUUUUAAAAGUUUUAGACAUUGUAAAUAAAUAAUUACAUAAAGAUAGUAAACUUGGUCUUGAAAUGAAAAAAAAUUAACUUAGAAGGUUCUGAAAUGCUUUUGUUGUGCAUUCAUUUGACUUUAGAUUAUGACUCUGUACCCACUGAAUUAAGUUACUGAUAACUUAGAUUCUGCUGUAAAUGUAGGAAAAAGCACUGGGUUCGUCAAUUCCUGUAGAAUAAACAAUACACUUGGUUUUCAAUCUUUAACUGGUAGUAAAUGUUGUCCUGGGUAACAGAAAGCAUUAAGGUUCAGGUUUGUUGCACCUUCAAUUUCACUAAAAAGUAAAAAGUUAAAUUUGACUGAUGUGAAAUUUAGGUAGCUGUAAAAAAUUCACUGUAGUUACAGGUGAUUGCCACUCUUAGUGCUUUUUGUGUUGGUCAUUUAACAAUAAUAUUUAUUGUUGAAUGUUUUAGGGAGAGAGAUGGUCAUUGAACUGAUCACCGGCGGGGCAAGUGCUAGAGGCUCCCAAGGUCAAGGACAAAGGUAAUUUCUCAUUUGUUGUUAAAAUCCAUAAUCCCAUUUGAAGUAGAACAUUUAUGUAAAUUUUUGGCUGACACUCAGGAUGAACAAGUUACAUGCAUUAUAAUACCCGAAAGACUUGCAACUGUUUAACUUACUGAACCUGUGAAAUCCAGGGACUUGCCCAUGAUAGGAUUUUUAUGGAAAAACUAAGAUUUUCCAGUCACCCAAGAGAAAAAGUAAAGCCUCAGAGAGCACCGGGCACUGCUAGAGCACAGCCCUUCAGUGAUAGUCAAAGAUUUAUUGUAGUGUGAGGUGAUGCUCAUUGCUUUGGUACUAAACACUUUGUUGGGUAUUGUUUGUUUAGUAGAAGACGGCAACAGUUUGGUGGUCAGGGCAGAAGUGGUGGGCGUGGUGGAAGAGGCAGAGGUCGUGGACGAGGUGGCAGGAGGGGUGGCUUUCAGAGAGCCAAUGUCACAGCAGAGGAUCUUGAUGCAGAACUGGAUGCUUAUCAUGAUGCGGUAAAAAUAAUCACUCCCCCACCCCCUUUUAAAAUCCAGAAUUAUGUAGAUGCCAAAACAUUUUUUAACGGAAUACUUAGAGAAAGCUACUUUAAGCUUAAACCUACUGUGUUUUUGAAAACAAAAAAUAUGGACAUCAUUUUUUUGUUUUUACUUUGCUAUGACUUCCCAAGCAUUGAUCUAAAACAUAUGUCUUGCAUUUUUUAACACAUUGGAGAUAGCUCAGGGUUUGAAUUAGCAAACUGUUUAUAAAUUACUAUGUUGACGAAUUAGCAUAGCAAAAUAUAUAUAUAUAAAAAAAGGAAACAAGAGUUCAAAAGAGUCAUUUCAAGUGUGUUGUCUAAAAAUGCUGAAUUUUUUCUUGAAUGUUAACCAAUAAUUUAAAGACGUUGGUUUUUUCCCAAGAAUUUGAUCAUUGAAUGCAGUGACUGAUCAUUAAUUUUUCUACUACUACAAUGGCCCUACUGGAAUAUUUUAUGCUACUUUAUGUUCGUGUUACUUUGUUUGAAUAAGACUAUUUUUUGUCUUUUUUUACAGGGUGAUGUCGACAUGGCAGAAGACUGAACUACUAAUUUCACUGAUAGCUUUUUUUAGUUUCACACAGCACUAUAAUCUGAACUAUUUAAACAAUUUUGCGAAGUAAGACGAUGUAGUAUUGCUUUGUGGAAAGAAAAUUUUUUUGUUGAUUUUGCGCCCAAUGCUUUUAAUGGCGGACAAAGACAAGACUGUCUUAAAUUGAAGAAUAUUGAACAGUUAAUACUCACGUCUGUUGCACUGUAUGCUCAGUGAUUUUGUGCAAGAUUUUUAUUAUUUCCUAGGAAAUGCUACGCAUAGAUUGACAGUGAAAACCUUUAUAUAACAACCACUGAUUUUUGGCAACUGGCUGAAAUCAAAAUGGGCGAGGUUGUUCAAAGCUGGGUUAAGAUAUUAAACCUAGGGUUAGUGCGAAAUUUGAAUUCAGAUAUGAAAGCUUAAAAAGUAAAUUCAGUUUAAUUCUUUUCAUCAACAAGUUGAUGAUUUAAUGCUCUUAAGAAUAACAGAGAAAACUAUCCAAGAGAAUGCUUUGAACAAAAGAAAAAGAAACCCCGGUUAAAUUUAACCCUGGGUUAAGUGCUAAUCGGCCUUCGAACAACUGGGCCCUGAUGGAAUAGAGUGAUUUGCAGGUUGUUACAUGCAGGCUUUUGCUAUACCAAGAACUAGUGCAAACUACAUUAAACUUAAAAAAAGUUUUAAUAAAAGUAGUAUUUUUGUAAGUAUUAUUAACAACAGGUAGUUUCCCCUUUAACAAAAUGUUGGUGCUACAAAGCCAACAGUUUUGAACAAAGUAGAGAAGUUUCAAGCUGAAAUUAAAAAUAUUUGUGAGCCUCUUGUGGAUGUAGGGCUAAAGUUUAUUAAUGUUAUGGAGUGAUGUUAUUGUAGUUUUUUCCUGCUUCAGUUGUUUCUCUUGUUAUCCCACUAUCAUGUCAGCAUUAAUAUCUGAUACUUCACUGAGAGCCUCAUAUAAUUCUGGUAUAAUUGAGUUUUGUAUAAUUUCUACAUAAUGCCAUCAAGGAGUCCCUCUGCUUGUCCUUGUGAAAGAGGAUCUAACGCAGUAGGCUGCUAAAAGAACAAUUAUCAGUUAUAUAGACUGCAAGUAAGCACCGCAUUGGGAUAUUCAACUGGGGCGCUUGCUUCAGGGGUAUCAGUUAUGUGAAACAUUGUUCAAAAGUUUAUCGUAUUGUUAGAGUAUGAAAUAAAUUACUAUUCUGUGAGUUGUAUUCAAUUUGCACCUUUAUUGAUCAGGGCCAAGUUGUUCAAAAGGUGGAUAGCGCUAUCCACCGGAUAAUCUCUAUCCAGUGACUGGUGCAAUUGGUUUAACUAAUACUUAUCCACUGGAUAGAGAUUUAUCUGAUGGAUAGUCCUAACCAGCUUUUGAAUAACUGGGGCCAGACAGAUCAAAUUUACAAUCUUACAGUACCUAGCUUUCCAAGUGUUGCCACUGUUUAGCGGUGAUUGCAUUAAGAGCCAAAGGCCAUUUUUCUUAUUUAUUAUCUUGAAUGCUGUAUAAUGAAAUCUGAUUGAUUAAGUCAGCUAAGACAUUUCUACCAUUACCAAAAUUUAGGACUUUAUAACGAGGUAA